AUGCCUGUGGAAGGGAAAAGUGAUAUGGAGAGAAUUGGCCUCUUCAGUGAAAUGGGUUAUGUUACCAUUGGAGAUAAAUAUGUAUCACAUUAUAUGCGCCCUUGUAAUGAAGCCGCGACCAAGAACAGACAGAUGUUACCUGGGGGCACCAAAACAUUGUCAGCUCUGCAGGCAGGUUAUUUUGAGCCUCAGUUUGUGAGGAUUUUCGAUGGUGAAGCCUACUCAAACCCUGCUCAGCUAAGGAGACGCUAUAGAUUGGCAGAAUCAAAGAAAAAUUUGGACAAAGCUUUCCUUCCUAGUAAUGGAGACAAAUUGCCAUGUGGACUUGGCAGCUAUUAUGGAACCAUAGGAGGUUCAUGUGCCUACUUCAGUCCACAACUGAGAGCCAAGGAAAGAUACAUUCCUCCUGGAAAGAACUUUUAUACUAAUCCAGGAAAGAAAGGAACUGGAUAUGGUUAUGCAAACCUUACCAUAGGUAAACAAUAUCUGCAUGAACCUGAUGGGUAUGAAGUAGAAAGAAUAAAUGCAAAGAAAGCGCGAGAGAAACACAAACAGUUGGUUAAAGGAGGGCCUUUCAAGUUAAAGCUAUAUCCCCAGCAGUAUUUUGACAUGAAUCCCUACUUUAGUGACAAACCUUUGCCGCCUGUGAAGAAACCACCUCCAGAGAAGCCAGUUGCACCACCUUUCAAACCAAGUUCUCCUGCUAAAAAGCCAGGGGGCAUGAAAGGAGGCACAUUUGAUCCUUACCCAAGCCAUUCUGCUGACCCUUAUGUAAUUAAAAAAUCUAAGGCUGCCACAACUGAUAAACUUGUUUUUCAUCCUCCUCCUGGACCAAAAAGCAGGCCUGUUACAAGCAUAAUAACUUUAAAUGUCACAAGAUCAUUAAAUGUAAAGAACUACAAGACUGCACAGCAGCCAUCUUAUUAA